AGCUUUUUAAAUCAUAACUAUUGUAACUCCAUACUACAUGGGUUUUCUACUCAAACUGCCAUAGAUGUAACGAUUAUUAAAUCUGUAACUCAUGUAUAAUCAAACUCGUAAUCAUCAACAUAUUUCAUUUUCAUGAAAUAUUUGUAAUACCUGUUCCAUAUUAACUUGUGUUAUUUAAUUUUUUGAAGAUGGACAACUCAGUGAGAGAAAUAAGUCUGAUGUAGUAGCUGUCGAUCUGUUCCUUGACAUUCUUAUUGAUUUAGACAGCUAUAUCAUAUCAAGAAAUGUACAGUUAACCACCGAGGAACUCAGACGAAGUAAUGAACUCAAAGAUGCAAUGCGUGAAUCAUGUAUUGGCUCACUGAUUCAUACGUGUUAUCAAUUGAUAGUGAGUUAUAAUCUACGUUUUGGUUUUUUAAGCUCACUUUCUACGGAAUCUCAACCACAUUAUAAUCAAAUUACUACCAGGUACUCUUUUGUGGGAUUCUUGUUCAAUCACUUGAAUAUUUCACAGCUUUUAACUCGGAUUGAUCAUAUUAACAAAACAGUUAUAGGUUAACCUGCAUAAUAGAACAAAGUGACUAUUGUUUUGUUAUUGGAGUUCAGUAUGACCUACGAUGUUACGGAUUCAGGAAUGAAAACGACUGAGCUUCCCUAAUACAUUCGGUUCUCUUCGGAAAUGACAACAGUUAAUUGUACUCAACACAUCAAACCCGAUGACUAAGACCGGAGGAAGACGAAAUUUCAGGUAACUUCAUAUUUAUGGUAAGACAUUCAACUCAAACGGAAUUAGUACAAAAAAAGGUCGCUACUAGAUUAGCAGAAUAUGACCAAGCAUGUAGCAAUUUACCGAACUAAGAAAACGUGACAGCCAUUCAGAGGGCAAAGGUCAUGCGGAAAAUCGAAUUGGUAGAAAGCUUGCGAACGGUUAUCGUUUCUGAAUAGAUUUUAGCCUUUCUAUUAAAAUUUGACUAUUCUUGCGACCGCCUUAACAUUAUCAAGAAAUUUUUCAAAUUUAUUCACUUCAGUUAGAAAAUUUGUUACGUCUUCUAAAUUAGUUCUUGCCAAAUUGUUAGCACAUUACUUGAAGCGAUAGCGUGCAUCAUCUUCAGUACCAUACAAUUAACCAAUACCGGUAAAAUAUAUAUUCAUCUGAAUAAUGUGUAAUCUAUCUCCGUAUAGUUUUUCUUAGAAGUUAUACGAAACUGAUGUUUAAUAAUAACUAAACCUGCGUAUGGACAAAUUAUGCGUGUAUUUGGACUUGUAAAUGUUAGUAAGCACCAUAGCAAAAACUUGCGUGUGGAAUUCCCCCGAAACUAUGUAAGUAGACCAGAAUAAAACGGGCUUAAUUACAGUUAUUUCUGAAGUAAUCAUGGCAAUUCGUAUUAUAACACAUUUUGUUGUUGAGAUCACUGAUAUUGGUGUUAUCAACCACUCAUUUCUAUGUAAUUGGUUAUCAUAAUGACACUCAAAUUGUGGAUUCACUGUAUAGAAAAGUUGGUACUUGUACGGUAUGGUUGUAUAUUAUGGUAUACUUUUGGGGUAUUUGUUUGGCCACCUAUGGACCUUGAAAUAUGAGGAUUUUGGGAAAGUUUACUUCACUUCUUUACGGAUUGAAUGUGCCAAAUUACAACUGCACUAUAAUAUUUACUGCUUGAUUAAUUUUUUCACAUUCACAUAUUGGUCGAUAUCCCUAACAGUUAAUAUGAGAAAAGCUAAACAAUAUCCGUUCACCUGUGAUAAUAACUCUAAAUACAUUUCAAAAAGUAUGUCAACGAUACCUUGUAGUUUAUCUAGAUUUCCCACUUUUGGCGUUGAGCAGUAUUGUUAUCGUAUUAUAUUAAACAUACUUUUCUUAGUAAAAUAAUUUGCUUCAGCAUAAAAUAACCAUAAUUUAACAUACUCCAAUAUGAUUUUUUUUCCAGUAUCGAUUUCUUAAUUCAUGUCAAUCGAAUGCAUGUCUGAUUCGCAAAAUUCUUCAUACCAUUGGUUUAUAUGCAUCAUGGGUUGAUUUAACACUUGUGGCUAAUACAGAAUGGAUUACAUUAUUAAGCCGAUUAUUACAAUUAUCAAUUGAUGAUAAUUCAGCAAAUGCAAUCAUUCGUUGCGGGAUUUAUUUAUAUUUAAUAGGUUUUGUAAAUAAAGGUAUGCAAGUAAUUGACAAAUUAAGGUUGUUAACUGGUAUUUGGGAACAGUUAGGAUCUAUGUUAAUUAAUGAUCCAAAUAUAUCGAAUUUCAUGAUGAAUUCAGCUAACGACACUUGUGACAACUUAAAUGAAGAUCAAUUAGAGUCCUUAUCUACAUUUGCUACUUUGAUCGAUGCAAUGGGAAAUCAAUUAUUGUCUGUGUACAGGAACUUGUAUGAAGCAACUUGGAUAAAUAACAGUUCAAAUCAAGCUAAUAAUCAGUUUCGAUCCGAUUCAGAUAAUAAUUCAUUCUUACCCAUUGCAUUAGAAGCCCUGGAAGACCGAUUAAAUAUUGCUGUACGUUUAUUUGAACAUAAAGAGCAGCAAAUCAGCCAAGUGGUUACACCAUUUCUUCGUUCUUAUCUUGGUCUAUUGAAAAGCGUUGUAAAUCAUCCGUCGGAAAAUCUUUUAUCACCAGGUGGACGUCGUUCACGCAAUCGUAAUAGUUCAACUUCAUUGGAUUCUACAAAUCCUUUAUUGUUGAACAGUACUACAUCACCUGGUCAUCUGGAAAUAAAUGAAAUCAGAUCGUUUUUUGUUAAACGUCUUCUAUUUGCAUGUAUAGAUAAAAUGAAGUGUCUUCCGAUUCGUGAUAAUCAAGGAGAUGAUGAUGAGAGUGAAUAUGAAGAAUACCGACAUGAACUACGCACACUAUUUGGAAAUAUCACACAGUUAGAUCAAAGAUUUGUAUUGGAUACUAUACAUCAAAUGGUUAGACAUUCCCAUCAUUUACUCAACUCAAAUGGUAUGGAAAAAUCUUCAUUUCCUCUGGAACAUGUGCAACAAAUUGAUGUAACUUUGAAUUUAUUCUAUUUGUUUGGAGAAAUUUGCAAAGCCAGUAAAAAUGAUCACUUCUGUCAAAGUUUUCCUCAACAUGAAACUAUGGUAUCAAUAAUGUCUAUACUGUGCAGUGAUUCCUUCUCUCGUUUACCACAUGAAACUCUUCAGUUACAGUAUUUCGAAAUAAUGGUUCGGUAUGAACGUUAUUUUUCGCUAGUACCUGAACACCUUUUGAAUGUGAUGCUCGCAUUUGUUGAUGAUCGAGGUUUGCAUAGUUCAUGGCAUAGUGUUAAAAUUCGCUGCGCUUAUUUAAUUAAUCGCAUUAUAAAGUCACACAAAAAAACUCUUCUUCCACAUACCGAAGAAUAUCUUUCACGUUUCUCCGACUUAUUAGAAUUGUCAUUAGAACCAGAUUCUAGUGUUGUAAAUGGUGAACUAAAUGGAAAUGUUGGUUUUGCCAAUGGAAAUACAUCGAAUUUUGGAAAAUCUGUUAAAACAGGCUUGGGUAUUACUGAACAAGGUUUCCUUUAUGAAGCAGCUGCGCAACUUAUCGCUGCAGGUGGUAUCCAACUGUCUAACUCAGAUAACAGUAAUAACAACGGAGAAGAUCGCGUCGGAGAAUUAUUCCGUGUUUUACUUACUCCUGUUAUGAUUCAGUAUGAUCAGUUUGUGACAAAGUAUGUUACUGAACAGAAUCCGAAAGUAGCUGAGGUUCGUGGAAUUUUAGUGAAACAAGUUACUGAUCUUAUUACAAAAACGACUCGAGUAUUUUCUCAACCAAAGUCUGUUAUGACCUCUGGAUGUGAAGCUGUGUUAAUUGAUGCAAUGCACCUCAUAAUUUCAGAAUUGUCGCGUUUCCCUACAGAAGCUGCUAGUCCCGGUCGACAAGCUGCAUGCGCCGGUGUUCGUGCAUUCUUGCAUCGAAUGGUUGCUUGUAUUGUACCAACAAAUGAAUCUAACUCGAUUGGAUGCAGAAGUACUUUGACAUCGGAUAUUUUAUUGGUUGCGCUUGUAGACGCUGUUCCCAAGUUGGUAAGACCGUUACAGUCUACAGUCGCUUGUUAUACUACUGCCAAUCAAGUGUUAGAUAUAGUCGACGCCGAACAACGUUGGAAAGAAAUCAGAGAUGUAAUCCCUCUUGUUACACAAGUAGUACUGAGAUAUAAGAACCAAAGUAUUCCAUUUUUAUCAACUUGUCUACCGCAUUUAAUGGAAGUUAUCAUUAAUGCGUUAAAUGAAUCAUUACCACCGAAUCAUCCAACAUUAAUUGAAGAAAAAAAAUUACUACGCCGCGGAUACCUCCAAUUAGUUCAAACUAUAUAUCAAUCAGUUCCUGAUGUAUUUUCACAACUUAUUAGUGAAAAUAUUGUACAAAAUCUUUCUACAGUACUUGGACAAGUUCAAGCUUGCUUAGAGUCUGAUGAUCCAACUGGAUUACGUUCAGGCGUAAUAUUAUUUUUACAACUUAUACAAUCAGCUGCUCAUAAUUUACAAUUUUAUGAAGAUUUUUUGUUGCCACAUCUUGUUCCAUUUUUUAUACUUGGUCCGAUAUCUCCUGUCUUUCGCUUGACUGAUGGUCAGUUCAUAUUGGCUUUGGAUAAAAUUGCUGAAAGUCUUCAUGUUUUGUAUCAAAAACAAGAUGGAUUGUACACAUAUUUAAAAGAUUACUUUCUGCCACGACAACAAUUAUCUCCAGAAUUAAUUCAAUCUUACACAAGUGCAUUAAAAUCUAGUUUAAAAGAUUUUCAACUGUUUGUCAGAAGCUUCUAUGCACAUUUUCAUUGAUGCUUAGUGCUUAGUCAUUUGAAUUAAUUCUAAGCGAGAAUAACAAAGCAUCGUCCAGAUACUUUCGGUAUUGUAUAGAUUUGAAUUGCUGAUUUUUAUUCAUAUUAAAACGAUUUAAUGCUUGUGUUUCUUUUUGAGUUAGUUUGAUGUCAAUGUGUAGUCUAUAUAUAUUUAGGCUAAAUAUUUGAACUAUACAUGUAAAUCUUCCUAUGAAUCUGUUUGUAAACGAAGCGCGAUUUCUGUUUUUAUGACUUACAUUCCUGUGUAAUGAGUAAAAAAUAGGAGAUACAAUUUAGCAUCUAUGACUUUCUUUUUUGCCAUUUAUUCCCUUCUCUCUUCUUAAGUUAACAGUGAUUGAUCAAUUGACUGUUUAAUUUUUACUGGUUAUACUACCCCCUUCAGAAAAAAAGUUAUUUCUGUUAAUUCUUUUUCUGUAACUUCUAAAUCUAUUUUGUACAUGGUGUUUUGUGUUCAUUCAAAAGGAAAAACUGACAGUAUACUAGUAUCAGUCAGUUUC